CACAAUUCAUACUAUUAGUACUGUUCUCUCUCUCUCUAGCAACCACACCCACCUUCAACCCAACGCCAACCCCACGAAAGAUGGCGAAGUAUCUCGCAAUGGCUUCUUGCUCCGAGAAGCAGAAGGCCUGCGUCGGAUGGAUCAACAAGUACUUCGACGAUUGCGUCUGCAACUUGAGCGGCGAGAUAUCGUUUGGGCUGGGCAUGAUCAGUCUCUUCUGCUGGGGAAUGGCGGAGAUCCCUCAGCUCAUCACCAACUUCCAAACCAAGUCCGGCCAUGGAGUCUCGCUCGCCCUGCUCCUUACUUGGGUCAUCGGUGACGUCUUCAACUUGGUCGGUUGCCUUCUCGAACCAGUAACGUUGCCUACCCAGUUCUACACGGCUCUGCUGUACACGUCCACUACCGUGGUGUUGGUGCUGCAGACGCUGUACUACGACUACGGGCUCCGAUGGUGGAAGAGCAUUUGCUUUGAUGCACCCCUAGAAGAGGAAGAUAACGGGCAACCUCUGAAUCCAAAGGUAGAGGAUCUGAGCCGUCCCAUACCCACCACUGCCGUAGCUAACGCAUCACGACGCACCGAUGUAUACUACACGUCAGCGAGGUCAUUGGCCAGCAGCGGGACACCGUCGUGUGGGGGAACGUCUUAUCUCGGGGUCCGGAGUGGUCCAUCGGAGGGCUUGGCCUUCCAUGAUUCCUCCUCUGAGGACGAGGGCUCGCCAGCUCAUCACCACGGGGCCGCUGCAAGGAAGAAGACGACAUUCUCACGUUCAGUUAGCUAUGGAACAUUUGUUGCAGGCUUUAUCGGAUUACCAUAUCAAACUAAAGCUUUCAGAGAAAUGACCAUUAUAUCAUCUGAAAGAAGAACGUUGCAGGAUUCAGAGGUUAAGUCAUUAGAAGGCAACUUUUAUGGCCUUCUAUUAGGUUGGAUUAUGGCCGCCAUUUAUAUGGGAGGUCGUUUACCUCAAAUAUAUCUUAAUAUGAAGCGUGGAAGCGUCGAGGGAUUAAACCCUCUGAUGUUCAUGUUUGCACUCGCUGCAAAUGCAACCUACGUGGGAAGCAUACUCGUGAGAAGUGUCGAGUGGGAAAAAGUGGGACCUAAUGCACCAUGGCUGCUGGAUGCCAUAGUCUGCAUUCUUCUGGACUUACUUAUCAUGUUGCAGUUUGCCUACUACAAGUUUCUACGAGGAAGAGAUGCGUGCACAGAAGAUGAACAUGAAGGCUUCACACAUGAGAGAAGAAAAAUCCUUGUCUGAAUCCAUUUGUGGAAACAAACACUGUUCUACGUUGUUGUUUUUGUUGUCAGUGUGUGACGGAUGAGUAACCUUAUUGUCUAAGCACUUUGUUUUA